AUGGCUCAAUUACUCAACACCGAAUGGGUUGCUCUAUGGCUUUCCUUAAUCGACAGCGAAGGGAUGUCGACUGGAAGCUCAACAACAAGGGAGAAUAGUCCUACACGAUACGAGCCAUAUAAACAGCCGGAGCUAAACCCUCUCCCAAGUGCCCUCUGGGAUCAGCCGUUCGGGUUUCCGAGCGAUGCCCCAGAACUAGACCCGGCCACAUCUGAAAACCACAGUGGAGAAAGCACAGAUCCGCCGCUCGGGUUUCCAGAAGAUACCACAGAACUGCACCCGGAAAUAAACGUCAGCGAUUCCGAUGGAGAAAUCACAAACAGCUUGCCGGAUACAGCCCCUCCUGGAAGUGUUUCAGAAGCCUUGUUCGAUGGCCGGGCAGGGGUGGGCAAGCGGCCAGAGGGGGUGGCCAGGCCACUCACCAGGCGGUGCAGCUUCCACGCGCCCACCGCACUUUUUAUUGUGCAACCACCAAGACCUGCCGUCUGGCCGCUCACCGUACCGCUCGCGAAGACGGCAUGUUUCCAGCCAAAACAUGGCGUCCAAUUACUUACGCAUUACCCUCCCCACAUGCCGCAGAGCCUUAUGGAGGGGUCUAGAGCUCAGGGUCAACCCGGGAACAGCCAAUCGUUUUAA